AAAAUAUUAUAAAUCACAACAUAAAAUAAGGAGUUGCAUAAAUUGGUACAAGUGUAGUAAUUGAGCUUCAAAACCCUAUCUCUCUCACACACAAAUUGGCAUUCAAUUUUAGUGUGAUUCGCUCUGCAUAUUCUGGGAACUAUGGCAUCAAAACUACCUAUAGUGAAAGCAAAGGCUGUUGAAGCUUCAAAUAUCUUGACCAAGAAUGCAUGUGCAUACUACAAGCAGAUGAUGGAGAAGAACAAGCAAUACAUUCAAGAGCCACCUACUGUGGAGAAAUGUCAGCAUUUGGCGAAACAAGUGUUCUACACUCGCUUAGCUAGUAUUCCUGGUCGUUAUCAAGCAUUCUGGAAGGAACUUGAUGAUGUCAAGAACUUGUGGAAGCACAGACAGGAGCUGAAAAUUGAGGAUGCUGGCAUUGCCGCUCUUUUUGGGCUAGAAUGUUUUGCUUGGUUUUGUGCCGGGGAGAUUGUGGGACGAGGGUUCACGAUUACUGGUUAUUAUGUCUAAGUCUCCCAAAUAUUAGGUUUCAAAGGAAUGACUUAUAUCAUUGUCGAUAAAAGAUCGUUGUCAAUCUCUAACUUGUGCGGGAUAACACGCACCCAUGAGAUACAGAUUUUCAAAUUUCAUGUUUGGCAAGUACAAUUUACGUAGGGGAUGAGCCUUUCUGCUAUAGAUGUCAAAGGCUGAGGUAGGAUCCAUAUAUUUGCUUCAAUAAGGCAGCUUCGAGCAUGUUGUAUUCAUGAUUACUGUUUCUUGUUCAUAUUUAUUUCCUUGGCUGGAAUCAAAAUCAGUCCUACGAGACUUGGUAGAUGAA